AUGACCCCGAAUGUCAUUGCCCCACUUCAAGUAAAGGGUGUUGUGGUCACAGAAAAGGGUGUUACUAAAGAAUUUGAUCUAAGUUUUUCAGAGAUUGAUAUAAAAAUGCCAUUAGAUAGUUUGCGGGAGUAUUUAACACAAAAAAAUUUAGUAUUAGUUGGUAAACAAAACUCUAAUUUCCGAAAUAAGUUUGAAUAUAAGGUACCAUUCAUUAGUGAAAGCGAUUGGAGAUUAGAAGAUAUCUUAGUUCCAACAGAUGGCACAAGUGAAUCUGAUAGGUCUUUUACGUUCUUCAUCGAUAAAGACUUGGCAAAACCUGGCUUUCCUGAAAUUAUUAGAGACCUUAAUAUAGCUGGAGGAUGUAGAAAAAAUAAAAAUGGUACUAUUAUUUCAGCAAAUAGAAGCGCAUUCCGUAUUAAAAAUCCACAUUUAAUGGAGGUUAUAAUCCAUCAAAAUAUUGAAGAAAUUGAAGAAAAUAACAAAGAAGGGUUUCUUGUUUAUUGUGAAAAAGGUACAAUUAGGCUAUUACCUGAAGAUUUGGAAGCGACUAAAGAAUAUGUUGAAGCCAUUGAAACUGCCUUGAGUAAAUCAAAUAUAAAAAAAGCUCUAAAUAAAGUGGGCAGAGAUUACGGAUUUUUCUGGCCAAAGAAAAUUAAGCUUGGGGGCAUAUUUCAAAUAAAUGAUGAGCAAACCGAUAUCAUCGAACAGCUAGAAAAAUUAGACCAUUUUAAUAAUUGGAAAAUUAUUGAACGAAAUGACUUAACAUCAUUAUGUAAAUUAUUACCAAAGAAGCUUAUAUCAAGGAUACAAGAGGUUCGCGGAAUGAAAAUAUUAAAUCACAGUAAAUUACCCGUUCAUAUGCCAAAAGGCCACAAUAUUGCAUUUCAUCAUAUUCCAAAACCUUUAGACAUUCCAACAUUUAAUAAUGUUAAGAUUUUUGCCUCUGUGAUUGUAUCGAACAAAGCAAUACCACAUCGCAACGCGUUUGUAGUUAGAGUUGAAUACUUGGAUGAUGAAAACCCAUACAUCGUAAUAAAUCGUAUUGGACGGGCAAAAAAACCUUUUGAUCUUUUCAUUCCUUAUAUGCUAAUCGGUUAUGCAGAAGAACUAUCAAUUGAAAAAUUUUCAGAUAACGCAAUUGCCCAUGUUUUUACUAAACAAUUUGUAUCUAAUGGCAUGUUAGAAGUUAAUUGUGUUGUCUUUACAAAUAAAAUUCCUUAUUUUGACGUAGUUAGAUCGGCAGAAUAUAGCUACUUAGUUGGUGAUGUUUUAAUAAAGGGAUCAAUAAAUUAUGAAAUUCAUGACCUUAAAAAAGAUCAUGAAGAAAAAAAACUUUCAAAUUUACCGAGCAUCUUAGAAAAGGUGCUCAAAUUAAAUCACAGCUUA